AUGCAGAAGCACGAAGUCAGAUCUGAUUGGGACAUCAUAAUCGUUGGGGCUGGCUUGGCCGGCAUUAACAUGGCCUAUCGGGUUCAAAACCAGCUGCCUCACUGUCGAUAUCUUGUUAUCGAAAGUAAGAGCACACUAGGCGGCACCUGGGACACGUUUCAUUAUCCUGGCCUCCGCGCAGAUUCCGAUAUCUAUACUUACUCGUAUACUUGGUUUCCAUGGAAUCAGGAGACCAAACACCCCGAUCGGGAAUCAAUCUCACGAUAUUUGGCCGCCGCUGCCAGCUCGUUUCGGCUUUGGAACAACAUUCUUUUCAAUCACAAACUACAUUCGGCACAUUGGUCAAGCAGCUUGCGCCAAUGGGAGCUGGUAUGCCAUCAUCAUCACGAAGCACCACCCUCCGCUGUGGGACUCUGCACAAAAUUUGUCAUCUUCUGCACUGGCAUAUUUGACCACAACGAGGCCCGACCAGCUGAGAUUGCAGGGUUGAAUUCAUUUGCAGGCCCAGUGGUACAUCCCCAGUUCUGGCCCGACGACCUGGACCAUUCGGGUAAACAUAUCUUACUAAUUGGUAGCGGAGCAACGGCCAUGACAUUACUCCCGGAGCUUGCCCAUACUGCUGCAUCGGUGACACUGGUCCAGCGAAGUCCAGGUUACCUCCUUACUCUUCCCGAGAGACGGCAUCGGAAGAACGGAAGUUGGCACUGGAUCCAUCACCUUAAAUGGGUCCUCUGGAUGAUCGUUCUCAAACAGUUUUUCCAGCUCUGUCACUGGUUCCCGGGACUGAUGAAGCGAAUAUGCCUUUCCUGGGCCCGAUGGCAGCUUCCAGUCCAUGUUUCCUUUGACCCUCAUUUUAUCCCCGCAUACAACCCGUGGGAGCAACGGCCCAAUGUCUGUUUUGGAUGGGAUAUGUUCCGAGCCUUGAAAGGUGGACGAGCGCUGGUAGAGACAGGCCGCAUCGCCAAUGUCGACCGACAUGGCAUUAGGCUUCAGUCUGGGAAGUAUCUGCAGGGCGAUAUCAUUGUGACUGCUACGGGACUUAAGCUACAAUUUGCAGGCGGGGCAAGGAUCCUUGUGGAUGAAACCGAGAUCGAUCUUGGGCAAAGGCUUGCUUGGAAUGGCGCCAUGGUCCAAGAUAUUCCAAAUAUGGGCUUUGUCGCUGGGUAUUCGCACACGUCGUGGACGUUGGGGGCUGACAUGCGAGCACAGCUGAUCUGUCGCGUUAUUCGAGAGAUGGAGAAGAACGGUGUGCCUGCUAUGGUACCUCGCUUCAAAGGGAGCGUGCAGGCCAUUGCCCAGCGGCCUGUAUUUUUGAAGUCAUCCUAUAUCUUGGCUCAAGAACAAUGUCUCCCAAGGGUGGGCCGCGAUGGGCCCUGGAAAGCGAGGAACACCUAUCUGACCGACUACCUCUUUAAAAGAUACAGUCGAAGAGUACUUGAAGGACUUGAAUGUGUAUAA